ACUGUGAGUGGGACUGCCCAAAAAAACAAAGGGUGAAAAAGGAAGUGCUGGAGAUGCCUUUCUCUCUCCUCUCUCCCCUCUAAUUGCCAUAGCCUUUGAAUCCUCAUUUCUUCGGGUUUUCUUUUUUUUGAUCUGUGAAUUAUUUUCCUAGAUCUCUGCCUUUGCUUUAGAGUUUGUUGCUUAUACGCUUCAUCAUCUCUCAUCUUUUUCUGAGGCUUGAAUUGGAAGAAAGUGGUUAUUGAUAUUUUUCUGGGGAUAUGAAUGCUGUGUGAUGAUGGUGAUGCUUCUUUUGACCGGGGAAAGAGAAAUUCCCAAAAAGUGAGUGAGAGAGGGAGGAAAAUCCUUUUGAAAGCUGCAUUAUUGCUUGUGAAUGUCAAUGCAAGUGAGAUAAAUUAUUUCCCCCAAUUUCUUGUUUAACCUUUUUCACAAACACUUGAUGUGCAGUAGUAGUUGUUUUUAUACUUUUAUUGUUUCUAUUUCACUUGAUUGUGGAGAUUCCUUGCUAUUUCAGUCAGUAAUUGAGCAAAAGGUUUGAUUCUGCUAGAAACUAGAAUAGUGCCAAAAUGCCUAUGUUUCAGCCUCGUAGAAAAGACAGUGGUGGUGGUGAUGGUGAUGGGUAUAUUCUCGAUGUGGAAUCCGCCGUGAAGGAUGGUGUUUUAGGGGGCGGCGCUGUGGCGGUAUACGGCGGUGAGAAAUUGGAUCUGAAAAAGAUGAUUGAAGAGCUCAAUUUGUGUGAGGUUCCCUCAGUUUUCAUUUGCCCCAUCUCCCUUGAACCGAUGCAAGAUCCUGUCACACUCUGCACUGGCCAAACCUAUGAGAGGUCCAACAUCUUGAAAUGGUUUAGUUUGGGGCAUUACACUUGCCCCACCACAAUGCAGGAGCUCUGGGACGACACCCUCACCCCCAACACUACCUUGCAUCACUUGACACACACCUGGUUCUCUCACAAGUAUGUGCAGAUGAAGAAGCGUUCCGAGGAUGCUGAGGGCAGGGCGUCCGAGCUCCUCACCAAUCUCAAGAGGGUUAAGGGCCAGGCGCGGGUGCAGACCCUCAAGGAGCUGCAGAGGGUCGUGGCGAAUCACUCCGCUGCUAGGAAGACUGUCGUGGAUGAGGGUGGCGUGGCCCUCGUCUCGUCCUUGCUAGGCCCAUUCACUUCCUACGCCAUAGGGUCUGAGGUCGUGGCGAUUCUUGUCAACUUGAGCCUCACUUCCGAGGCGAAGAUGAGCUUGAUGCAGCCUGCGAAAGUCUCGUCUGUAGUGGACGUUUUGAAUGAGGGUUCAAUUGAGACGAAGAUUAAUUGUGUUAGGUUGAUUGAGAUGCUGAUGGAGGAGGAGAAUGAUUUUAGGACGGAGCUCGUGUCAAGCCAUAGCUUGUUGGUCGCGUUGAUGAGGCUAGUGAGGAAUAAGAGGCACCCUAAUGGCCAUUUGCCUGCCCUCGCCCUUCUUAAGUCGAUUUCCACGCUCAAAGAGGUCCGGAGUUUGAUUGUCAGCAUCGGAGCAAUACCUCACCUGUUAGAGCUGAUACCGGUGUUAAAUCCAGAGUGUGUCGAGCUUGCUCUCUCCGUGUUGGACACCCUUUCAUCUGUGCCACAAGGGAAGCAAGCGUUGAAGGAUUGUUCGAACACGAUCCCAACUAUGGUUAAGCUACUCAUGAGGAUCACCGAGUGCUGCACAGAUUACGCCCUCUCAAUCUUGUGCUCUGUCUGCAACCUCUCGCCUCAAGAAUGCUCAUUGAGAGCUGUGGACGCUGGUCUUGCAGCUAAGCUCCUCCUCGUCAUCCAGAGUGGCUGCAGUCCAGCCCUCAAGCAGCGCGCUGCCGAGCUUUUGAAGCUCUGCAGUCUCAACUGUUCAGAUACGAUAUUCAUCUCCAAGUGCAAACUGACUAGAACGAUCCAAUGAAACCCGGGUGCUGUUCCAACCAAGAUUUUCCGACGACCUCCACGUGGAGGAGCCAGUGGCCAUGACAAUUACGAAUAAUGUCAUUUGUAAAGAUACAAAAAAUAUGGCGCAGAUAAGCUUGUAGCCACUGUGGUUCUUGAAAUUGGCUUUGUUGGUGGAGCAUGCAGCAGAUUGCAAUUGUAAUUUCUUAGCUAUUUGCUUUGCUCCAUUUAAUCUUUGCAAUUCUCAGUCUUAGGGAUUCAAGAUCCUCCAAAUUUUCCCUACCGACCAUGUAGAAGUUCUGUUACUUUUUUUUGGGUAUUAGAUAUCAUUUCCAUGUGUAUCAAUCAAUUCAAUCACCAAUUUUUCA